AUGACCUUGGCACUUCCGGGCCAGGAACAUGUGCCAAAAUGGCUCUUGGACGACCUCAAGAAGCAGCCCAAAAGCACCACCAACACCACAUGUGAACUGCGGAUCAUGGGAACUGACGAGGUCAUGACGUGCCCCGUGAAGCAGAGUACCACGGUCCUGGAGAUCAAGAUGUUCUUGGCCAUGAAGCUGGGCAUCGAUCCUGGCGUCAUGAGCGUGGUCACGAAGCAGGGCUGCUCCUGGCGUGUCCAAACCGACUCCGAGGAAGUAGCUCGGAAAGUGAUGGUCAAGGGCAUCAAGUCCUUCAAGCGCGAGAGACACAAAUGGCCCAGCCCGAUCGCUGUCAUCGGCACCGGCCAUGCGGGGCUGCGACAGGCGAUGUUCUUCUUGAAGAACAAGGAGUACAACUUCAUCGUCUACGACCGGAAGGCCCUGGUUGGAGGUACCUCCUGGAUCGACCAGGCCAACACGACAUCCAAGCUUCAAACGGAGCUCGGGACGUACCAUCUCCAGUACGACGAGGACAAUCCUGUUCCGAAGAACAUGAGCACCUGGCCAUCGACGGCUGAGCUCUUGCAGCACUUCCGGGAAGUGUCCGAGGAGUAUGGAAUCAUGCCGUAUUGCAAGAUGUGCACCAACAUCAAGGAGAUAAAGAUCAAGACCGGCACGAAGCAGGAGGUGCAGGCGGAGAUGGCGCAGAGGGGCUGGGCGACGCAAACCUACACUCUCACGCUGGAGCCGACCGAUGGUUCAGGCGAUGGCCGGGGUGACAACAUUGGCGCCACAGGCGCCCCUUGCGAGGAUGUGGAUCACAGCGCAGUGAUCAUGUAUCCUGGGAACCUCACAAUCCCAAAGCGGUGUGAGCUUCCCGGGGAGGACACUUUCGAGGGUGAGAUCUCCUAUGCCAUCAUGAAUGACUUUGACUAUGGCAAGGUGGCGGGCAAGCAGGUGGCCAUUCUGGGCCAUGGUGCUUUCGCCGUCGAGAACCUCCGGACGUGCCUGGAGUUUUCCUGUCGCCAGGCCUACAUGGUUUGCCGGAGGAAGAACCUGGCAUGCCCUCGAGUCGUGUCGUGGUUUAUCAACCAGUCGGUGAAUCCAAUCAGUGGUCCUUUGACGAUGAAGUCCUUCUUGCCGAUGUACAACCUUCUCGGCUUCGACCCAUGGGCUUACCAUUCGGUGCAUGCGAACGAGAAGAGAACCAACGUGACAAUCAACCAGAAGUCCCGCUUCGGAAUUGGAGAUGUGUACUUCGUGGCGAAUGCCAUGGGCAUCUGCGAAGUGGUUGAGGACGAGAUCAAGCGCGUCGGCCCCCAGCACGUGCAUUUGCAAAGCGGUCGAAAACUGGAGGCACAAGUCAUCCUCAAGCUGUACGGCUUCAAUGGAAACUUCGAUGUAGAUCGUCUGAUGAACGUGAAGCACAUGAUGGGGUUCUGGCCGGACGAGGAUUUCCGACGCUACCUGAUCGCCGAGCCCAUCGGCGUCAACGCAACUAACUUUGGAGGCACCAGCUUUUCGCCCGGAGUGCGGGUGUGGGUUGACUUCAGCGCCUACUUCUUAUGGUAUCCGAAGGACUUCGCCAACGUUCGGGAUUCCGGUCUGAUGCCCUCGCAUGCAGCAGAGCCCGAGUAUGACAGACCCGCUUAUGUGAUCGAUGCCCGUCAUGGUACACAGACUAUCAUGGGGAUCAGUGGCACGACGCCGGCCAUCGCAGAGUCCCAUGCAGGCCUCGGCCUGGUAAAGCGGCAGAAGCAGCUGGAAUGCCACCCGACACGCAAGUAUCUGGAUGAGUGCCGACUGGAGUGGGAGGAGUAUGGGCAGAAGCUGAAGGCUGGCCCUCUCCCGUGA